UUCUAUCAGGCUGGCUGCGGGCUUCCUAUAGGCAUGCGCGAUUGUAGCCUGUUAUUUAAAGUUUUGGAGCAGUCCUAAAGUGAGGUGUGGUGUUUUUUCUAAGAUGAUAGCCCUGCUGUUCAGCAGCGUUUUGGCAGGGUUACUGGCUCUGCUUCUUUACCAGAGAAACGCGUAUCCCUUCUUCUGGAUGGACCUGGUGUAUUACUUGAAGCUUCGGAGCUACAGAAAGACUUUGCAGGCUCGCAUGCUGCAAGGGAUCAUCACAUACCUCGACUGUUUCCUCUACCAAGCGAGGACGAUCCCGAACAAACCCUUUAUUGUCUUCGAAGACCAGACGCUGACAUAUAGAGAUGUGGACAGGAGGAGUAACCAGUUUGCGAACGCGUUCAGGUCGGAGGGAUUCCUGAAACAAGGAGACGUUGUUGCUGUGCUGAUGUGCAACGAGCCGGACUUUAUGUGUGCGUGGUUGGGGCUAUGUAAACUGGACUGUGAAGUGGCCUUUCUCAACAGCAACAUAAAAGCCAAAUCUCUGCUCCACUGCUUCCAGGCCUGCGGAGCCAAGACGCUCGUUGUUGGCGCAGAUUUGCUGCGUGUGGUGAAGGAGGUGCGACCUGACCUGAAGAAGGACAAUGUGGCCGUGUGGGUCGUGGAUCACACGUCACCCUCUGAGGACUUCAACACUUUACUAGAUAAGGUGGACAACAUGUCUGCAGAAACCAUCAGUGACAUUCCUAAAGUUGACAUCAUGUCAAACUUUGUCUACAUCUUUACCUCUGGCACCACAGGUCUCUCCAAGGCAGCCCGUGUAGGUCACCUGAAAGCCAUCGCGAGCAUGGCCUUUUUUCACAUGUGUGGAGCAACAUCCGAUGACGUCAUCUACAUCACUCUCCCUCUUUACCACAUGUCUGCCUCCCUGUUGGGGAUUGGAGGAUGCAUCCAGCUUGGUGCGACGUGUGUGUUAAAGAAGAAGUUCUCCGCCACUCAAUUUUGGAAGGACUGCGUGAAACACAAAGUGACUGUGGUGCAGUACAUAGGAGAGCUCUGCCGGUACCUGCUGAACCAUCCGAUGGUUCCAGAGGAGAGAGCUCACUGUGUUCGGCUGGCAGCAGGAAGUGGUCUCAGGACAGACGUUUGGAAGAAGUUCAUCAAACGCUUUCGUAUAAAAAAGAUCAGGGAGGGUUACGGAUUGACUGAAGCCAGCAUCGGCUUCCUCAACUAUACCGAUGAGGUUGGGCCGAUCGGGAGAGCGAGCUACUUCAACAAGCUCUCCAUGCCCUUUGAACUCCUGAGAUAUGAUCCACAAACAUAUGAACCAGUCCGAACAGACUCUGGAAGAUGCAUACGAGCACAAACAGGAGAGGCAGGGAUCCUGGUAGCUCCUCUCACGGCUAUGAACCAGUUCCUGGGUUACGCUGGGAACAAGGUCCAGUCUGAGAAGAAGCUGGUCAGGGAUGUGCUUAAAGCUGGAGACGUCUACUUCAACACUGGAGAUCUCCUGCUUCAUGAUCACAUGGACUUCCUUUACUUCCGUGACCGCAUUGGAGACACCUUCAGGUGGAAAGGAGAGAAUGUAUCCACUACAGAAGUGUCUGAGGCAUUGGGUCUUCUAAAUUUUAUCCAGGAAGCAAAUGUGUACGGAGUCACCAUACCAGGACAUGAAGGUCGUGCAGGCAUGGCUGCUAUCGUUUUAAAACGGGAUCAAGAGUUAGUUGGAAAUAAACUCUAUCACCAUUUGGUGGAAACACUUCCUGCAUAUGCCUGGCCCUUGUUCCUCAGAAUACAGACCUCCCUUGACGUGACAGAAACUUUUAAGCAGCAGAAGGCGAAGCUGGUCCAGGAAGGUUUUAAUCCAGAUGUCACGGAUGAUCCUCUAUAUUUCUUAAGUGUCUCAGAGAAGGAAUAUAUCCCCCUGACCUCAGCCCUAUAUCAAGACAUUGUGUCUGGAAAGAUCCGUUUCUAAACUUGUUAGGACGUUAAUGGCAGGGAUCCACUGUACAUACAAGAUAAAUGUAAUCCAUGUUAUGCCACAUUUCAGUUCCUCUGCACUUACAAGCCUCUUUUAUGAUAGUGAAGAGUGACUUACUUGUAACCCAUUUGUUUUUCUCAUAUACAUUUUAAUAAUUUAUAAGUAAUUAUGUCCAGAAAUUCUAAAGAAAAUGUGUUUUUAUGUAUGUCAUUUAUUUAAUUCAGCAUACUUACCGCAAAUAGAUGCCGUGUAUUUUAUUUACAUCGAAGAGAAUCAGGUUUAUUAGAUUUAGAGGAAAGGUUUAUAUUAGAAGUUAAUAUACUUUAUCAUUUUAAAGAAUAUUUUGAGUUUUAUAUUUUAAUUAGACUUUGUGUUCUGGUUUAUUUUAAAUGUCUGUUAAAACUUCCUCAUCAUUCACAUCAGACCACUCUGCUGCUUCAACUUCCAUGAAUUCAAUGAUCAUUUCCCUCGUGUUGCUAUAGCUGUAUUUGUAUUGCCUUUAAGGGAGCUUAACACCCACUGCACAUGUUUCACCCAAGGAAACAAUGACAUUGACGUUUCACAAGUGAAUGUGUGUUUUUUGUGCAGCAUGUUUCAGAUUCCAUAAAUGGGGGAAAAUAACAAAAAAGAGUGGCUGUUGUGAAUGAAUGAUUUUUUAUGAUGUUCCCUCAGCAGUAACUGCCACAGUGCGUUAACGUUCAGCCUACGUGGGCAACUAUUACACUCCAGCAUUAUUUCCAGAGAUAAUCUUUAUCUUCUUCCAUCAGUCUGUUACUGAUCCGUUGAACAUCUAGUGGGCGCUGUGCCCUGUAGCAUUAUACAAAGGUUGUUCAACAUCUUGAAAAAGUUGCCACAGUUCUUCUGUAACUUUAAACUGCCUCAGUGUCUUCUGUCUCUUCAUAUAAUUAUGAGUGAUGGAUAAGACUGUAUACAAGUGAAGUGUUAAAAACUUCUGCACAGUAUUUCAUAUCAUGACGACAAAUACAAACUUCCAGGUUGAGUUUUUUUGUUUUUCUUGAGUGUAAAAUGGCAAAUGUAUGAACUAUACCCGCUUAUCCUGUAUAAAUCAAAUGUCAAAUCAAAUCAAACAAAAAACAAAACAAAACAAAACAAAAAAAUGAGGUGAAUCUAUCUGUUAUGCGGGUUAUUAAAGCAUCUGAAUGAGAAUAUUUCUUAAAAUAUUUAACACUUUUGAAAUUGCUAUUUUGUUUCAGGAAUUUCAGGUAUUAAACAUUGCUCAGUUUUGUGAUAUGUAUUUGCAGGCACUGAGUACAUUUCGCCAUAGUAACCAUCCAACUCUACAUCAAAACUGACCAUAGCACUCUGUGUCAACGUCUAGUUUAGCGGAAGAUGCUUUGAACAUGUAGAAAUAUUUCAAUACAGAUUUUCCUAAACGGGUAUAUGCUUUGAACUGGACAUCGGCCUAAUUUUAAUGUAUUUUGUACAUGUAUUUUAAUAUGUUUUUUGUUGAUAGGACAUAAGAAAAUGGCUUUACAGUUGAAAGCAAUUAUGUAAUCUCUAAUAAAAGAAAGAAUACAAUGCUA